AUGACCCAGGUGAAGCCCGCCCCUGGGGGAAGGAUGCUGACCGUGCUGCGGGUGCACCUCCCGUCGGAGAUCCCGAUCGUCGGCUGUGAGAUCACGCCGUACGUGCUCCUGCGGCGCCCCGACGGCGGCGUCUUCACUGACGACGUGUCUGAGGCCGCGCCCGUGGAUGGGUACUUCAUGCGCUACAAGUGGUACCGCAUACAAAGUGAUCGUAGAGCCGCUAUCUGCAGUGUACACCCAACGGAACAAGCAACGCUUCAGUGCAUAGGGUGUCUGAAGUCAAAAAUACCUGUUGCUAAGAGCUACCAUUGUUCUGCUAAGUGCUUCUCUGAUGCUUGGCAACACCACAGGGUUUUGCAUGAGCGUGCUAUAAGUGCUUUAAAUGAAAACGGAACUGAAGAUGAUGAGUUAUUUGGCAGAUUUGGUAGUGGCAGUUCGAGCUCAGGGAUUAUUAGUGCUGCGUUGUCUGGUUCAACAUCAAAUCUUUCGCAGAGCUCAGGUGUUAAUAAUGGACCUACACCUGUGUAUCCAACAGGCACUGAAAAGAGUUCCGGUGAAACUUGGUUUGAAGUGGGAUGCUCGCGAACAUAUACAGCAACUGCUGAUGAUAUCGGGCAUGUACUAAGAUUUGAAUGUAUAGUUGUGGAUGUCGAAACACGGGGGACUGUGAGAGCUCCUACUUCGGUCAUGACAUCCCGUGUGAUCCCAGCACCGACCCCGACUCCGCGUCGCUUGAUCCCUGUGAAUGCAGCUGAUGCAAUGGGCCACUUUGAUUUAGAUAGCCGGACUUCUUCUUUUGGGACAUUUACUGUGCUGUCCUACAAUAUUCUUGCUGAUACUUAUGCAACAAGUGAUACAUACAGCUAUUGUCCAACUUGGGCACUUACAUGGGCUUAUAGAAGGCAGAAUUUGUUGCGUGAAAUUAUUGGUUACCAUGCUGAUAUUAUCUGCCUUCAGGAGGUACAAAGUAAUCACUUUGAAGAAUUUUUUUCACUGGAGCUUGAUAAACAUGGGUAUCAAGCUCUUUAUAAGAAAAGGACAACAGAGGUGUACACUGGAAGUCCUCAAGCAAUUGAUGGUUGUGCUACUUUCUUCCGACGGGACAGAUUUUCGCAUGUCAAAAAAUACGAGGUCGAGUUUAAUAAGGCUGCUCAGUCUUUAACUGAUGCAAUUAUUCCUGCCGCUCAAAAAAAGUUGGCUCUAACUCGUUUGGUUAAGGAUAAUAUUGCGCUAAUUGCAGUUUUAGAAGCUAAAUUUGGUAACCAUGGGACUGAAAAUCCUAGUAAAAGACAACUUCUUUGUGUGGCUAAUACACAUAUAAAUAUCCACCAUGACCUUAAAGAUGUGAAGCUAUGGCAGAUUCAUACCCUCCUAAAAGGGUUGGAAAAAAUAGCUGUCAGUGCAGACAUUCCAAUGUUGGUCUGUGGAGAUUUUAAUUCAACUCCUGGAAGUACGUCACAUUGGCUUCUUGCAAGGGGCAAAGUUGAUCAUUUGCAUCCAGAUCUGGCAAUAGAUCCUCUUGGAAUUUUGCGCCCACUAAGCAAGCUGACACACCAGCUUCCUCUGGUCAGUGCAUACUCGUCAUUCGUGAGUAUGGCUGGUGUUGGCUAUGAUUUGGAUCACCAGCGAAGGAGGAUGGACCCCGCGACAAAUGAGCCAUUGUUCACAAAUUGCACAAGGGAUUUUACUGGUACCAUAGAUUACAUAUUUUACACAGCGGAUUCAUUGACUGUGGAGUCAUUAUUGGAACUGUUGGAUGAGGAUAGCUUGAGAAAAGACACAGCUCUUCCUUCUCCUGAAUGGUCGUCGGAUCAUAUAGCACUCCUAGCAGAAUUCCGGUGCAAGCCUAGAGUUAGACGAUAA